AUUAUACCUUAGCGAAAUUGAUGGAGUCUUCCAGCUCAGAAAGUGACAUGUUUGAAGUGAUUGACGAGACCGAAUUUUUUGACCAAGAGAACCUAUCUGAAAGCGAUGAUGCCCUUGAGAGGGAUGGCAAUAGGGUGGACAACAUAAUUGAAAGAAGUAGAAGGCAAGCAGAAAGAAGACUUAUUAGUGAGAACAACCCUUUCGCUAACCUUGAUGACAUCACCCAGAGAUUAGGCAGAGAAGCCUCUGAAAGGUUCAGAUCCAUGCUUGAAGAAAGAAAGCAGCAAGCUAUUACUAAGCUAACAGCCAGAGUUGACAGACAAUGGCUAAGACGGCAUUAUGACGAAUCUGAAGUUGACAUGAUCGAUGAUAAGGAUGUUUCCUCAGUCAGAGCAAUCACUGAAUCUAUCGGCACAGUAGGCACUUUGGUCAUGAUGAAGCUGAAGAAUCUGGAAAAGAAUCCCCUCGAUAUUGAGUAUACCGAACUCUGUAGGAACAAGUUAUUUCCUAUCCAAGCAAUAGUAUCCAAACUGUUCUUUGAACCAUGAGAGUUUGAAGGCUCUCACUUACAUGUAAUUUACUCUAAAAUCCCUAAGAAAUUCUGUAAAAAGUUCAAGCCUGAGUGAUACAGUGCAAAAGAGUUAGAUUUGGUCCUGAAUUCAACAAACCCAUAUACUGUAGUAGUACUGGUGUUCAUCCUCUGCUUUAUCUCAGAAUACUUGAAGAGCAAUGAUGGCCCAUAUUUUAGAAAAUAUGUCACCCAUCUUAAGAACAUUAUUAGAUUUUAUAAGAUUGCUAAAGAGCAAUGCAAUGAAGAUGACAAGCUAGCUAAAACCAUUUCAAAAAUUAUCAUUAAAGUUUUGUCACAAAUGGAUGAGACUGAGGAAGACAAGAAAAGAGCAGCUGAGCUUAUGAAUCUCUUAUUUGUUGGAAAAGAUCCAAAAUAUGCCUUAAAGAGCCUCAAAUCAGAAUACAAGUAUUACAAGAAUGGUCUGAAGCAAUCCAGACAGAGAGAGCCCUGUGAUCCUCAUCAGAGCAACGGGGACUUGUUCUGGUCUUAAGAAUCCACCCACAAGCCUGGG